AUGGUGCCACCACCACCCGCCAACAAGCUUCAUGUGUGCUUGUCGGCCGUCUUGAUCAUGGGCAGCAUGGCGCUGAUGGACGCCUACUUGGUGGAGCAGAACCAGGGGCCCAGGAAGAUCGGUGUGUGCAUCAUGGUCCUCGUGGGGGACAUCUGCUUCCUCAUCGUCCUACGCUACGUGGCUGUGUGGGUGGGUUCUGAGGUGCGGACCUCCAAGCGUGGCUACGCCAUGAUCCUAUGGUUCUUCUACGUCUUUGUCCUGGAGAUCAAGGUCUACUUCGUCUACCAGAACUACAAGGCCGAGGACGGAAAGGGGAGAAGUCUGGACGGUUGGACUGGCGGCGGCGGCGUGGAUGGUGUGGCACGGAAAGCGCUGACAUUGCUUCUGUCCAUUUGCGUGCCCGUGGUCUACGUCACGUUGGUGGCCAUCGACCACAUGGAGUACGUGCGGCCGCAGAGGAAGAAGGAGGAGAUCCGGUGUCGACUCUUCUGGGUGGUGGUGGACUUGCUCGAUGUCCUGGACGUGCAGGCCAACCUAUGGGAGCCUCAGAGGAGAGGGCUCCCCCUAUGGGUGGAGGGACUCAUGUUCUUCUACUGCUACAUCCUGCUGCUGGUGCUGCCGUGCGUGUCGCUGAGCGAGAUCAGCAUGCAAGGGGUGAACAUCGUGCCCCAUAAGAUGAUGCUCUAUCCGAUUCUCAGCCUGGUGACUAUUAACAUCAUCACUCUCUUCAUUCGAGGUGGGAACAUGAUUUUCUAUAGGGACUCCAGGGUGUCUGGGAUACUGAUGGGUAAAAAUGUGAUCGCCAUUGUUCUCAAGACAUGCAGUUUCGUCCAGUAUCGGAGGCAUCUCGGCGAGGUCCCGUCUCCCGCCCUUGGGGUUGAGAUGCAGAAGAAUUGCAUUGUCCACGGCCCAAAAGUGACUAUGCCUGUGCCCAUGCCAAUGCCCAUGCCACCCCAAGUAGUGAUUCAAGACUUCACAACGUUUCCCGAAGAGAUGGUGUGUGUGAGUGACACAGAGGUUGAGCAAACGUGA